CUCGGGAAACGGUCGCCGUUACUGCUCCCUUGAACCACUUCAUCCAUCUGCACAAACACACGAUGGAGGGUACCGAGAAAAAGUCCGGCACGCGAUACACCGAGCUGAUGGGCCCGGAUGACGUCGGCGUCGAAAGACAACCUCAAGUCUCGAUCUCCGCGGUGAGAGCCGGCCCGCGCUGGAGACACGGCAGACUGGCGGUAAGGUGUCUGGGGCUGCUGAGUGCUCUGCUGCUUGUGGUCGAUAUCGGCCUGGGGGCCCAUUACAACGGACUCGGCGAGAAUCAUAACGCAACGCACAUCGGCGACGAGAUAACCCGAAUCCAAGCUAAAUACGCGGCUGCACGUCGAAGCAGAGACGAAGCCAAGAGACAGCUGGCCAGGGAGGUCAGCCAGCAGGAGACCCACACGCAAGAGCUUCAGCACCAGAGGAGACGGAACGCGGACUAUGAAGUGCAGCUGAAACUCAUUGAGGAUGAGAAGGCAGUAUUGCAUUCACAAAUCACUCUUGCCGAGGAGAGCUGUAAAUACUGCUUAUCCAGAUGGAUUCUUCUCAACUCAAAGUGCUACUACUUCCCAUUCUUGGAAACCUCUCGGAAGGACUCGUGGUACAACGCGAGAGAUAACUGCAUAAAGAAAGGAGCGGACUUGGCAAUCAUAGACAGUAGACAGAAACAGAUGUCAAUAACCAAGCUGAUAAACGACGACCAGGUCUAUUCCAGAGCUGGAGCUUGGGACGGCUUCUGGAUCGGCCUGAGAGAUGAACAGAGAACAUGGACAUGGCUGACUGGGAAGGCCGUGAGUGAGACGUACUGGAUUCCUGGAGAGCCUAAUAAUAAAGGCCAUGAGAACUGCGCAGCGACCUACGCCAGGGACAACCCCCUGGAAACCUGGAACAAUGCACCUUGUUCACAUUCAAACAAAUGGAUAUGUGAAAUGGAGCCAAGACAGCCUGUGCAAUAAUGGAACUUGGUUUUUUGAUAGUCUCGACCAAAUUAUUUUAUGCAAACAUACCUAAAAAUCAAUGAGGAUAAAUAAUGAUUAAUUUUUUUUUUAAGAUUGGAUCCUUUCAUAUAUUUCAGUUGAUAAGGCUGGCUUUUGAUGGGAGAAAGCACACAAUUGCUAUACCUUGUGAUGAUUGCUGUAUUAUGAUCAUUACAUUAUUUUCUGCCCAGGUACUCCACAUUGCAAAACUUUCACAAAUUACAGAACUUCUUUAGAUUUUUGGUCCCUUCCUUGAUUUUCUUUUUCUUUAUGCUAGCCAUUCUUAGAUAACUGAAGUUUUACAUUUAAAAUGUGAUUGCAUGACUUGAGUAUGCGCUUUUGCAGUAGCGAUGGAUUUGUAUUUUCUAUGCAAGUUUGUAAAUUUUCCCUUUAAAUACUACUCCAUUUGCUAAGUACUCAGACUGCCGAUUGCACUGAGUUCAUAGCUCAAGCUAAUAAACUACUUCAGAG